CGACCGCCCCUGUGAACGUUACAUCGACACGAGGCAAGUCUCUUCCCCAAUCUCUCUCUCUCUCUACCUCUUUUCCUCUUCGUCCCCCAUCGGCGUCCUUCCGUCUCCCCUUUCUCGCCUCCUCCCCUUCAGGCUUCAUGUAAACGCUGGCCGUCAGAGCUGGAGUCACUGCCGUCACAACUGAACUUGCCUUGCUCUAGUUUGACUGUUUCGUUGAUGAUGCAUAAAUAAAAGUAGGAACAGAGUCAAACCAAUUCAGGUCAGACUGGAAGAUAAUUUACUGUAAGAUGUCUUCUCCAAGCAAGAGACGAGAUAUGGAUGUCAUGAAAUUGAUGAUGAGUGACUAUACGGUGGAGACCACCAACGAUGGCCUUACUGAAUUUAAUGUGGAAUUUCAUGGGCCCAAACAAAGUCCCUACGAAGGUGGGGUCUGGAAAGUUCGUGUUGAGCUGCCAGAUGCAUACCCAUACAAGUCUCCUUCGAUUGGCUUUCUGAACAAAAUAUUUCAUCCGAAUGUUGAUGAACUGUCUGGCUCAAUAUGUUUGGACGUAAUCAACCAGUCAUGGAGCCCCAUGUUUGAUCUUCUGAACAUAUUUGAAGUCUUUCUUCCACAGCUAUUGCUAUAUCCAAAUCCAGCAGAUCCAUUAAAUGGUGAUGCAGCAUCACUGUUGCUCAAGGAUCAACAGCAAUACGAGCAAAAAGUAAAAGAGUACUGUGAGCGAUACGCAAAGAGAGAGAAGCUGGAAGAUGUUUCCGAUGGAAGUGAUGAAGACAUCAGCGACGACGAAGUCACAGGGUCCGACAAUGUUGACAUUGCUGGAGAUGCAGACCCCUGAGGUGCAAUCAUUUGGACCCCGAACCAUAGCAAUAGCAAAUACAACAUUCAUGGUUCAUGCUGUUGUUCCAUGUCUCCACAAUGUCAAAGUGUGUACUUGUUGUUUCUGUAUUUGUUUGAACUGUAGCUGUUACUUCACAUUGACUUAAUUUCAAGUGGCAUGAAAUCUUUUUUACCUUCUA